UCGGUUCGGGACCAAAACAUAACCUCCGGCUCACUUGAUUCGAUGGAGCAGGUUUUUAUAAGUUUUUAAAAAUGUUCGCGGUGAAAUUAUUGCGUUAUUCCAAGCCCCAAGAGCCACUGAAACUGCUACUUUCGAAGCAAGCAAAAUCGUCGAACGGAUCAAAAUGUUUCUGCAGCUCACCACAGUCGCCUCGGCCAACAUUGAAACAGGAUCCAAAUAAAAUAUCUGCCAAAGGAUGGUUCCUUCUGGCUAUUCCCGCUGCCACAUUCGGCCUAGGUUGCUGGCAAGUACAGCGGAAAUCUUGGAAAGAGAACCUUAUCCGCGAACUUAAUGAGAAAACUAAGUCCGAGCCGGUGCCGCUGCCUGAGAAUUUAGAAGAACUCAAUUCCAUGGAAUAUCGCCCUGUGAAGGUCCGAGGGAAAUUCUUGCACGACAAGGAGCUGUACAUGGGCCCGAGGUCAUUCAUACAUCCAUACGGCGCUGAGUCGAAGAGCAGUUUGAUGACUCCUCCUCGAGAUGAUAAUGUUGGGUACCAUGUCGUCACCCCGCUUAAACUCAGCGGAAGAGAGGAAAUAAUACUCGUGAAUCGCGGCUGGAUCCCCAAAAAGUACAUGAAUCCACUGACAAGACAGUCUGGUCAGAUAACUGAUGAAGUCGAACUCACUGGUACCGUCAGGCUGAACGAAAACCGACCGCAGUUCUCUCCCGAGCAUAGAGGCAAUGUGUAUCUAUACAGAGAUUUGAGGAAGAUGUGCUCAACAACUGGUGCAGAUCCUAUUUUUAUUGACGCAUCAUAUGAGUCGUCGGUCCCAGGUGGUCCUGUCGGAGGUCAGACGAGGAUAUCCUUACGAAACGAACACCUUUCUUAUAUCAUUACAUGGUUCAGUUUAUCAGGAGCGACAGCGUUUAUGUGGUAUCGACAGAUAUUGAGACGAAAACCGCUUUGAUUGAGAAGUUGAAAAAAUAGCGUAAAUGUGAAUAAAGUUGGUAAGAGCUGGUAGAGAAUAACACGUAUCAUAAUUCGCCAUCAUGGAUUCUGUCU